AUGGCAUUCGAGCAUACCGCAGCUUGUACGGUGGCCUUCCCACCAGAGAUCUGGAGGAUCGUGUUGCGCAGCUUUGGUACGCAGCCCCAGGAUCUCGUCGAACUGUGGACAGGAUGCCGUGGGGUCUCCCGACAUUUCAAGCACGAGGUCGAAGAGCUCUGCAUCGCAGACUACCUCACCCGCACCCGGCUACAGUUCGAAAUGACCACCACCCAACGCUUCAACGGAAACUCGAGGAUUCAAUUUCACGAUCACCACGUACACACGGAGUACAAUCGUAUUUCUGUGGACAGAGCCGGGGCAAUCUUCCAAGCAAAAGAUGACGACAAGGCAAAGCUCCUCAAACAGAUGCACAAUGGAGCGGAUUUUCCUGGGCCAAGUCAUCUUGUGGACUUCUCGAGGCCAUUUGAUGGCGUCGCUCUGCCGGGAGUCUGCUUUCACGCGAAUGGUGAUGUCGAAGUCGGUUGGAGAGAGCUCUUUGCCGCCAUUCUUGCCGAACUGAAGUAUUACUACCGAACAUGCUGGAUUCUCUUAAAGCUUCCCAGCUGUACCCUUACCGCAAGAGAAUCGCGGCACUUGCUAUUAUUGGAACGGUCAAGGGAAGCGGAGAUGUUUGAAUCCAACAUGAGCAAAGCAACGCAAGCGGAGGCUCCUCGCGCGCGUGUGUUUCGCAUGGUCGUUUCGCGUUUCUGGAUAGAGACUGAGACCUAG